AUGAAGCAAACAGAUCUGCAGUAUAAAGCCAAAACCCCUUUUUUCAGAACCUUAUGGGCUAAACCCAACAAAACCACCUCGGCAGACCUCAUCCGCCUCUUUGGCGACUGCAUCCAGGCGGCUUCAUCCAGGACAAAGGAGUAUCUGCUCUUCAGGGACCCGGAAAACAAAUUCCAUCCAAGUCCUUCAACCCUAAGCGAGAUCUUUCUGAUGACCUACAUCCAGCACAGCAGCCUGCUGAAUCUCAGCGACACGUUCAACUGCACGGCCAUGACCCCAGAACAGAGGAUCCUGCUGGGUGCCCACUGGGUCUGGGCCAUGCUGGAUCAGCCAAACAAGAACCCCCGAAUCCAGAUGGCGGUCCACGUCUUUCACCUGCCAGAAAGAACCGAGGAGAACGAUGAGGAGCUGUCCUUAGAUAUCUACAGCGACAUCAUGCGCAUGGCCGGGAUGGAUGUGGUGGAAAGAACCCAAGCUGAGAGGAUGGUGGAGUUCUGCUCUUCCAUCGGAAGAGACUGUUAUGCGCUUUUCCUCUUUUUUGGGCGCCAGAACGACGAAGGGAACAUUUACGGGCUGCUGAGCAACAAUCUGCAAGCAGCUGUGGGGAAGUGUGUGAGGAUUGACCAGGUCUUUAUCGAUCACUUCUUCAAAGGUGCGAAAUGCUUCGUCACUCCAAGUGAGAUGUUGCAGGCAGUGGUCAGAAAGGAGGGUGGAGGUCCUCUGACCAUGCUUGUUAAGUUUACUUAACAGCUUUUUUGUGGGUUUAUUCUAAUGAGCAGCUCAUCACUUGGUAACAGAUGCUUUGAAUGCAGUCCUGGGUCUGUAUGUUGAUGUUUUUCCAAGACUUUCCAGCCUUAUAACUAGUGUCUGUCUCCAGCAAUACUUAACUGUUACUAGGUGCAAUUAAAGUGCAGAAAUAAAAAAUUUUGCUGACUA